GAGAAAAAAACCACAUCAGUUUCUGCUGUGUUCAAUAAAGUUCAUUUAAAAAAAGAAAACACUGCGGUGUGACGUAGUCAAAGCGCGACACAGUCCUCAGAGGAGGGCACGUGUGUCUUCUGGACUCGGAGCCGCUGAAAUCCGGUUGUGUGUCCCGUCUUCGGUCCCGUUAGACCCGGUGUGAUGGGGGACACGAGCCGGCUGUGCUCCGUGUGGCUGGGCUCGGAGACCGGCAUCCUGAAGGGGGUCAGUCUGUCCCGGAAACAGGCCUUCAACUUCUGCAACACGAGCCACCUGAGCCGGGACCAGGAGGUCCGCGCGCUGUGCUGGGGCGACACGGCGGAGAGCGAGCUGCUGGUCGGCUCCGUGGACGGAACCGUGAAGACCUUCAGCACCGAGAAAGGCGUCUUCACCGAGACCCGGCGCUGCGGAGACCCGGCGGAGGGCUGCUUCACCGGGCUGGCGGCGCUCAGCGGCUCCGCGCUGGUCACAUGCGUGGAGUGCGGGACGGUGCGCGUGUGGAGGGAGGACAGCAGCGAGCCCGUGACGGAGCUGAACGCGGGGAAGAACGUGUGCAGGAUGCGGCAGAGCCCGGUGCACCCGCACAGAGUCGCGACCGGCGGGAAGGAGAACGGGCUGAAGAUCUGGGACCUGGAGAACCCCGAGAAACCCGUGUUCACCGCGAAGAACCUGCGGGACGACUGGCUGGAUCUACGGCGGCCGCACUGGGUCAGAGACAUGGCCUUCAUCCCGGACUCGGACAAAGUGGUCGCGUGCACAGGUUACCAUCAGGUCCACGUGUUCGAUCCCUCCUGCCCUCAGCGGCGUCCCGUCCUGGAGGCCGAGUACGGCGAGCACCCGCUCACCGCUUUGUCCCUGCCCGCCGGCGGUAACACAGUGGUGGUGGGGAACACCCACGGCCAGAUCGCCUUGCUGGACCUGAGGAAAGGUUUGGUGCGUGGCUGUCUGAAGGGGCUGGCGGGGGGCGUGCGGGGGCUGCAGUGUCACCCCUCCCAGCCCGUGGUCGCAUCCUGCGGCCUGGACCGCUUCCUCCGAAUCCACAGCCUGGAGGACCGCAAACUGCAGCACAAGGUCUACCUCAAGUCCCGCCUCAACUGCCUGCUGCUCGCCAGCCGAGACCUGGAGGAUGGAGGCGGGGCGGCGGCGGGGUCUCAGGAGGUGAAGGAGGAAGACGAGGAUGACGAGGUGUGGGAGAGCAUGGAACGGGUGGAGGAGAGGCCGAAGAGAAAAACAACAACAGAGGAGGAGGAGGAGGAGGAGGAGGAGGAAGAGCCGCAGAAAAAGAGCAAGAAGAAGAAGAGAAAGAAAGGACAAGACUGAGGGGUGUUUGUGGCCUCAUCAGAGUGUGGGACAUUUGACUUCUGUCAUUCAGACUGAAACACGUGAAAGAUAAAACCUGUUUAUCUUUCCAGCACAGGACGUUUUGUUUAUGAAUCUGUAUCUACAAAUCUAUUUUGUAAUAUUUACUCAGCAGUCUGAAAUCUUUAUUAAAAUAACAGCUUGUUUGAUUCAUUUUAA